GGCAGGGCGACCCUUCCCAUGUCCGUUGCCCCGGCAGGGCGACCCUUCUUCCCACGCUACUUCCAGCAUUAACUGGCACCGGCGCGACGUGGUUCUGCAAAAGCAGUUUUGCAGCCGAGGGUCCAAAUCCAAAGUAGAGCCUCCAGCAGUCCGGGGUGUGCUGGAGUUUGAGGUCGACGGUGAACUCGGAGCAGUUCUUCACACUUCUUUGCUCCUCCUCCUCCUCCUCCUGCCUGGUUGGCUGGCUGCCUGGCUGGCUGGCUGGCUGGCUGCGGGGCAGCGGGGCCGGGGUGGGGAAACAACAUGGCAGACGACGCUGCUCACACAGAGGCGCGAGGCGGCGGCGGCGGCGGCAUCGUGAUCCAGGACAGCUGGCCCGGCUACAGCCUGGACCUGUUCAGCUACCCGGCUCACUACUCCGGAGACCUGGACUGCGUCUACAUCCCGCAUGGAGUCAUCAUGGACAGGACGGAGCGGCUGGCCCGGAACAUCAUGGGGGACUUGGGGGACCACGACAUAGUGGUGCUGUGCGUGCUGAAAGGAGGCUACCAGUUCUGCGCCGACCUGGUGGAGAGAAUCAAGGCCCUGAGUCGCAACUCCAGCCAAACGAUCCCCAUGAGGGUUCACUUCAUCCGCCUGAAGAGCUACCUGAAUGACCAGUCAACAGAAGAUCUCCACAUCAUUGGAGCCGAAGACCUCUCUUUUUUGAGUGGGAAGAACACGCUGAUUGUGGAGGCCAUUGUAGACACAGGGAAGACAAUGAGGACCCUCCUGAAACACGUGCAGUCCUUUGGGCCAAAAAUGAUCAAAGUAGCAGGGUUGCUGGUGAAGAGAGUGACACAUAACACAGUGUGUCUCCCUGACUACGUUGGUUUUGAGAUACCCAAUCGUUUCGUGGUUGGAUAUGCCUUAGACUACAACGAGUACUUUAGAGACCUCAAUCAUAUCUGUGUGAUCAGUGAAAGGGGGAAGAUGAAAUAUAAGCUUUAGAGUUGCUGCAGAGGGGACUUCUACACAUGUCUACCAGCAAGCGCGGAUGUUUUCCACGAGCACAUUCACUCACACACGUUUCCAUGUUUCAUCUAAAGACCUGGGCGCCUUCCUGCUGCUCCGUCACAUUCCUCUGCAUUACUUCCAACAUAUUUGCAUCCACAUUAGCCAGAGACCUAGACUUUUAACUAGCUGGUUUAACAAAAAUAUAUGCAUUUAAUAUACGCAUAUGUUCAUACCAGAUUGUUGUUAUUUAAACAAUUGCAUUCUUAAUGUUUACAAAUUGGAACGGGUGAACUGCGGUCGAUGCUAGGAUGUGUGUGCGUGGUGAGGUUGAUGAUGAGAUUGAUGAUGAGGUGGAUAUUGAGGAUGAUAAUGAGGUUGAUAAUGAGGAUGAUAAUGAGGUUGAUAAUGGUGGUCUGUAUGAAUGAGGUAGAAUUUACCAGAUAAGUGACUAAUAUAGAAACUGUUACACUACUGAGGGUAAACUCAACAUCAGCUACUUCUGUGGUGGAAGCAGGUUGCAUUGUUUCCAUAAGCAAGUGACCGUGUCUCUUCAGUAGGAAUCAAGUCACGUCAACUUUAUUUGUAUCACAAAUGACAAAUUUGCCUCCAGGGGCUUUACAGCAAGUAGCCAUCUUCAUCUCUCUGAAGUCUUCUCAUGUUUCAUGGGUGAUUUGUCUUUCUGUUGCCAACUUGUUGUCUGGAACAUCAAACGCGUUUCAUACAUACUUAGCACACCACCUACCUCCUCUUCUUGUCGGUUCUGAGCACGUGAGACUUAUCGGGGUACUUUCUGUUCAUUUCUGUUGAGUGUUCUUUUUUGUGGACAUUAAAGGAGGCAUUGA